UACCUGCAGCUGGGAAGGCCUAGUUGGCAUGGCAGUAGCCACGAUGGUGCGGAUACGGAACAUUCGGUGGAACAAGAUCGCCUACAUUGUGGGCUCACUGCUUGCGGGCUUGCUGUUUGCCAAAUUUUUGCGCAUGGGCCGCACCCCGCCGGACCCCUACGCCAUCGACUACACGCGGCUGAACCUGUCGGUGGUGGUGCCCCUGAGGGAUCUGACCCCCUACUUCAAAACGGACAACACGGCCAGCCCGUUCGAGGACACGUCCAACACGGUCUUCUUCAUCGAGUCCGUCGGCGAUGCUAACCUCAGCUCUCGCCAAUUGUGUGCGGUCGAGUCUCUCAGCAGGAGCAACCCCGAGGUGAACGCGGUCAUUGUCUAUCUGCAGCCGGUGCGAGAAAUCGAAAUGCGCAGAAACGCUGCCCUCAUGAAAGUGCUCAAAGCGGCCAAGAAUAAAAUCACGUUGGCUACAAUUGACGCCUCACUUGUUCUCUCAUCCUCUCCAGUGUUCCACUCUGUGGCAAGUAAAAUUUUAAAAGACACUCCUUUCCGUGUAAACCACCUGAGCGAUUUCUUGAGAAUGCUACUGCUGUGGCGUUUUGGUGGUUUUUACAUGGAUAUGGACACGAUCAUUUACCACAGUUUGGAUGAUCUUUUCAACGCCAAAAAUUUCCUGGUCACCGGCGCCGAUGAUUCGGUAUCUCCGUUCUUCUUUGGUUUCCGGAAGAACCACCCAAUGCUUGGCAAAAUCAUGGAUGCGGCUCGGGACGACUACAUCCCUAAUUACUACGCUUCUGUGCCAGCGUCUAUGGGUUCGGUUUUAUCCAAACACUAUGGCAUGAGCGUUAGGAAGGCUAUUGAAGCUCGACAGGUGGACGAUGUGAAAAUAGUAAACUCGACAGUCUUUACUCCUAUUGUCUGGGACCAGUUUGUAGAGUUUUUUAAAGAUAGUAAUGAGGACAUGGUGAGAAAAUUCUUGGAGAACGGCCUCGGCAUCCAUGUUUGGAAUUACAAGAGCUAUGGUGCCAAAGUCUUGGUUAAUUCGACCUCACCGUACACCACUUUGGCCAGACUUUACUGUCCCAGGUCAUUUUAUUAUAACGAAGAAAACCAUUUUUGAGAGAUACGGCAGAUAAUAAUUUCUUCUGGCUGUUUGUACGUUUUUUUCAACUUUUACAUGCAAUGAUUUUGUUUUAAAAAUAACUCAAAUUUAAUGGGUUCCUUUAUUUAAGUUUCUAUCCACAAUAAAUCAUUUUAUAUUUUAGGUCCUCUUCUAAAUGUCAUAUUUAA